AAAACCAUGGCCGCCUCAGUCACCGCCUAGCCGCUGGUAGGGAAGGGUGUGUUCGUCGCUGCUCCGAGACCCGCCACACGAGGUCCCUGCCCGCCCCUCGACGCCUGAGCCGAGGAGGGCCGCGCCGCGCCGGUGUGUGCCGCCCGCCGGGGGAGUGCGCCGCGCCGGAGCUGUUGUGAGAGUGCGUGUGGGAGGCGCGACGCUAACCUGAGGUGCAGGAGGUGUGUCGGGGUGUACCGCGAAUACCAAGAACCUGUGUGGCGUAGGUCAGGCGUGCGGGCGGGGGUGCAGGCGCCGCGCCCCGCCACCCGUUCCGCCAGUAACCUGAGCCGCCACGAGCCCCGCCGAGCCCCACGCGGCGCCGCGGUGCUGCGUCAGAAGGGCGAGGCCACGCACACGAGCACGCUGCCGACACGAGGAGUAGACGCCGCCGCCCACGGGUCCAGCGAGGGCGGGAGAUGAUGGGCGUGGGUGGGGCAUGACCCGAGGGCGGCACCCACCCCGGGGGCAGCGGGAGGCACCCUCGCUCACCUUCCUCUUCAUCCUCGCCGCCACCACCAGCGUCGCCGCCGAUACGACCCACGGCGGUGAUGGCUGGUGCUGUGACCUCGCCCCGCCCCCCUGCCGCGCCGCCUGCUACCGGGUGCCGGUGCUGGGCCUGGCGGGAAGGGACGCGGAGAGCCACCUGACACAGCUUGCCUCCACCUGCCCGCACACCUUGGACAAGUUUUGGGCCUGCCUCAACGACACUAUGGCCGAGGUGACAGAGGGCGUAGGCUGGUGGGGGCGCCCGUGCUGCAGGCUGGCCCUCGCCCCGGGUUGCCAAGCGGCCUGUCUCAGCGCCGGGAACAUCCCCGAGCUGGGCCCCGCCUGCAGAGCCUCUCACGAGAUCGAGUUCUUCCGCUGCAUCCAAAGAACCGAGGAGGGCGCCGGCUGCUGUGCCCGCACGCAAUCGUACCGCUGCCGGGCGUCCUGCGAGGCUGUGUUCACCGCCCGCACGCCCUCGCGCCGCCUCAGGCACCAGCUGGCCAAGGACUGCCGCGCACACGCCCACGUGACGCGCUGCGCCCACGCCCUCACCAAAACCACCCCAGCACACCGCCCGGAGAGGAACCUGCACUGCUGUGACGCCUCGGACGUGGCCUCGUGCCGCGCCGCCUGCCGCCACGUGCUGACGUCCUCGGCGCCGCAGCAGGACAUCCUGGAGCAGCUGGAGGCGGCGUGCGGCACCGUGGACCUCACCGUCAGUAACGGAGUGUGGAAGUGCCUCUUUCAGGAGAGUGAGGCCGCCGCCGCCGCCGCCUCCAGCCCGGAGGCCAGGCAGGUGUCGCGCCUUGGCCAGCUGGGGCUGGACGCAGCCAAGCUCGGGUGCUGCCAGCGGGCGGCGUCGCAGGAGUGCGGCGUUCUGUGCCGACGUGCCUUUUCCACGGAGUGGGGCCGCCCCUGGGAGACCUUACAGACCGCCUGCCUCUCGCAGCCUCGGGAAGCCUCUCUCCUGGCGUGCCUCUCUGAGUCCGAGGUGCCUUGUCAGCAGGGCUGCUCGGGCCUUGCCUUCUGCACCAAUUUCAACCACAGACCCACGCAGCUCUUCCGCUCGUGCACCCCGCGAGCCGACGACGCCGCUCGCAAAGACCUGCAGCUGUGGCAGGAGAGUCAGCGGCUGAGUCUGCCGGGGCUGGCGGCCACCGUGCCUCUCCUGAGUGUUACCGAGUGCCAACCUGAGCUGUGGCGCGCCGUGGCGUGCGCCCUCCAUUUGCGGCCGUGUCACGUCUCCUCCCUCACCAACGCCAUCUGCUGGCACGACUGCGUCAAGCUGCUCUCCAGGUGUGUGGUGGAGCCCGAUGGACGGGCCGAUGGGAGCAUGACUGCUGGGACGGUGUGCGGCGCCCUCAGUCCGCCGCCAGGCAGCCCGUGUGUCUCGCUGACGCCCUUCCUCACCCAGUCGGAGGUGCCCAACGAGGUGCCGUGGCGGGUACCGACCUCCCCGUGCCGCCCCUUCCCCUGCCCGCCCCUCCACGUGUGCACCGUGAACAGCGAGUGUCGCCCUGGGGAGCCGUGCCGCCCCUACCGCUGCACCGCCGCCUGCACCAUGGGCGAGGUGUCCAGCGUGGCCGUGCCCGUCGGGGCCUACAUCAGCAUCCACUCCAGGUCUGGCGGGUCUGGCUGCGGGCAGGUGUGUACGUGUGGGCGUGGCGGCGCGCUGGAGGACUGCCGCUACGUGCCCUGCGUCGAUCCGGCCCCCUGCUGGCGCGGCACCUCCAAAAUAGAGCACGACACGGAGGUGGUGUUGGGCUGCCGCCAGUGUGUGUGCCACGCCGGGGAGCUCACCUGUCUGCCGCUGCCCUCCUGCCGCGCCCGCACCGCCCUCCACGCCCUGCCGCCCCUCACAGGUCUGGGUUCCGGGGCGAUGUCGCGAGGGUUGCCGACAGGACGAGGCUCCGAGGCCCCGGAUGAGCUGCCCUGCGGGUGUCCUGACCACUGGGUGCCCGUGUGUGCCAACAACGGCAGGUCCUUCCCCUCGGAGUGCCUCGCCAGGUGUGCGGGCGUGGGAGCGGGGGAGUGGGUGGCGGGGGAGUGCGGCACGCGGGACGGCUGCGGGGGCGUGCGCUGCGGCGAGGGACAGGUGUGCGUGGCAGUCCCCAACACCUGCCUCACGCUGCCCGCCACGCCCUGCCCCCAGCACACCUGUGUGCCAAAGGAAGGUGUCUGCCCGCCCGAAGCCUCUGUGCCAGCCUGCGACACCCAUGGACGCCAGUUCGACUCCCUGUGUGACCUUGUGAGAGCCGGGGCAGCACUGCGUCACGUGGGCACCUGCAGCACUCGCUGCUCGUCGUCGGGAGAAGUGUGUGGGCGCGACGGGCGAACGUGGCCAUCAGAGUGCCACGCCCACGCCAACAGAGUGCCAGUGGACUACGAAGGGCCGUGCCGGGGCGUGGGGGUGCCCGGGAGGGAUGGGUGUCCGGGGGUGGUGUGUCCCGAUGCCGCCAAGACCAUCGGCAGCAGCGACACGACGGAGGACGCUGGCUGUCUGGCGGGCGUGCGGGAGGCGUCCUGGUGCUGCGGGCGCGUGUGUGGCGGGGCGCUGCGGCUGGCGUGGUCCUCGCGUGCUGUGGAGGUCGCCGGCGUGGCCCUCCCUCACCCACGCCCCCUCACCGUGGCCGCCCUUCUCCACGCCCUCGCCGAGAACGUGGGCGUGUCGGAGUGUGAGGUACGCGGCCACCUCACCCUUGAUGGUCACCUGUUGGUCCUCGUCACCCCCACGGCUGCACACACGCCCUCCCCGCCGCCCUUAGUGUCCGAGGCGUGUGUGGUGGAGGCGGAGAGGCUAGUAGGCGUGGUGCGAGCUCGGUCACCACGCCUCAUGUCCACUCUCCCGGCUUCGGCUCUCACGCUGGCUGUUCCUGCUCACACCAGCGCCGCGGCAGGAAGGGUAGCGCCCCCCCACUCCUCCCUCUCUCUCACUCUCCUCUUCGUCAUCCUCCUCUCCAUGGUGAUCCGAGGGGUGCGAGGGGAGGUCUAGCGGAGGGAAAGAGGGGAAGAGAGAGAAAAGAGAGAGAAGAGAGAGAGGGAGAGCAGUGAGAGAGACGGGUAUAGGCUUUGAAGUUAGGGAGAGGAGGAGGGGGAGGAGGAAGAGGCGAAGCAAAAUUAAUAGAGCCAGUAUUGCACCCCUCUCUUUCCCUCCCCUUUGCCUCCCCUUCCCCUCCCUUCCCCACCUCCUCCCCACACGCCUCCCUGUAUAUUGCGAGUGGAACAGACAGAAAAAAAAGGCAAAGUUCCUAUAUUAGUGUGUGUGUGUGUGUGUGUGUGUGUGGACACGUACAUGGUGCUACAGUAAGGCUGUUAUGUAGGUAAGGGACCUCAAGCCGUCCUUUUGAGGGUAGCCAACUAUACUUGCCACCGUCAACCCACCCCUCUCCACACACUCGAUAUUUUGUCUUCCUUCCCCCAUCUUUCUUUUUCCUUCCUACCUUCAUAUCUUCCCCUCCACUCCUCGCGUUGUCUAGCCUUUCUAUACUCUUUGUUUCCUUCCUUCCUUCCUUCCUUCCUUUACGUCUUCCUCUCCAUCCAUCUCCACACUUCCCAUUCUCUGUCUACCCACUUCCCAUAUUCCCUUUUCCUCCCCAUAAGUCUUUCUCAUCACUAUUCUUCUCACCCCAUUAUUUAUCCACCUCCUCCCCUCACGUAUCUUUUUCCUUCCUUUCUUUACUCCUUCCUCGAUACAACCAACUCCUCAACCCACGAGUCCACCCCACGUCACCCCCAUCCCACCCCAUUCCUCGCCUCACCCCACUCUUUCCCUUCCUCACAGCUUUUCUAGUUUAAUAUCUUCAACUUUUCAACCUCUUCUUCCUCCUCUUCAGCUUCCGGUAAGAACGAUGGAAGUGUCGGAUAAAGGGCGGGGAAAGGGGGGUUAAGGGAGGCUUCAGGGGUGUCGAGCCUUAGAGAGAGAGAGAGAGAGAGAGAGAGAGAGAGAGAGAGAGAGAGAGAGAGAGAGAGAGAGAGAGAGAGAGGUUUACCGUGGUAGAGCUCUAUAGGUACAUUAGCUUUAUUUUACCAAGUGAAUGACAAUCGAGAAACUGUGUAAUUUAUAAAUGUUAUAUAUUCAUAAUUACUUUUAGCCAGACACACACACACGAGUAAUCACGGACUCAAGGGCCAGUCUAGUGCGGGUUUGCGAAUCAUUUGAAAAGGAAAGAAAAGAAGGAAUAAAAAAGAAGAAAAAAAAAAAACCGAGUCGACAUUCCCGCGAACCUACUUAAAAUGAUCUACUUUUACCUCGAACCCUUUUGUAAGUGUACAUGUAUAGACGAUUAUAUAUAUACUACAAAAUAAACCAUUAUGUCCUGUUGCUA